CUGCGGGCGGCGGCGGCGGCUGGGGCUGGAGGCGCCGCUGAAGCGGCUUCGUGCAGAGGGGGAGGGGAAGCCAGAGACGCUCGCCGCCGCUUUCGCCGCUCUGGGGGGAGGGGAGGGGAGGGGAGGGGAUGGGGCUCGGGCAAUGGCGCUGCCCGGGCGGCUGAAGGGGAGCUGCCCGAGCUCCGAGAAGUCUUUCUGUUCCUGCAGGAGGUGGAGGUGGAGGUGAGGCUGGGAGCGAGGCUCCCAACUCCCCAAGUUCCUCAGCGCCCUCCUGCAGCCACAGAGGGGGAGGAAGGGAGGGAGGGAGCUGCCUGGCUGCUGCUCCACCAUGACCUCCCGGCCACCUCCAGGCAGCGUUUGCAUGUUUCCUUGCAAGCGGCCGCUCCGACCGUGUAACCUGACCUGUGCAGCCAGGGGCCUUGUGCAGCAGCGCGGCCAUUGAGCUCUCGUGGCUGUCUUACCAAUGAAUCUGGUGUGUGUCCCUCUCCCUCUCUCUCGCCUGUCUCCCCUCCCCCCCCCACUUUUUUUUUUUUUUUUUUUUUUUUGAAAACUGAUCUUUGGCUCUUAGUGUGAAAGUGAUUUGAAUUUGGCUCGGCGGCGCUCUGCGCAGGCGUUCAGCUGCUGGCAUGCUGGCUCUUUGCAAAGCAGCUGUUUUGGGUUUGAAAUUCCAACAUGGCAGAGGCUGCAGUCAGUCUUCCCUUCAAAAACUUGGAAUGAUUUCAAAUCAUAGGCACCUUCACUUAACCCGAGCCCCCAUUCAUCAGCGAACAGAUAGGAUCGAUUCUACUCUAACCUACUGGGCUUCUCUACCAAAUCUCCAGGUUAAAUGAAUACCUGACGAAAGGGCCCACGUUUCAAGCCAGUGACAUUUGAUAGCUGAGAGGAAAAGUGGCUUUAAUGAAAAGCAACCUUUGGAAUUCCUGCUUCUGAAAAAAAAAAUCCAAUUCAGCUUUUUGUGCUGCCAGCAAGAAAUGAUCAGUAGCACCAGUGUUUAUGAAAGAAAAAGUGAUGAAAACCUUGGUAAACUGCCAUGAAGGUUUAAGGCUACUGGAAUAAGGAGCCGUGUAAUCAGAUUGGAAAAUGGUGCUUGAGAUUUCUCUGCCUGGAAAAGCAGCCGGCAGUGGACCUACUGAGAUGCUGAGCAAGUGCCGAGCUGACCACUUUGUUAGCAAAUCAGCUUGUUUUGAGGCAGCAGCAGCAGCAGGGUGGAAAAACCUAACCCUUGUGAUGCAAGAAAUCUGGAAGAAAUCUAUCUCUUACAGAGCGGGUUAUGGGGCAGCGAAAGAGGCUUGAAGAUGCAGUGGACGCCAGAGCAUGCCCAGUGGCCAGAGCAGCACUUUGAUAUCACUUCAACCACCCGGUCUCCUGCCCACAAGGUAGAAGCAUACCGUGGACACCUGCAGCGCACCUAUCAGUAUGCUUGGGCUAAUGAUGACAUCUCUGCUCUAACUGCCUCGAAUCUGCUCAAAAAAUAUGCAGAAAAGUAUUCUGGUAUUUUGGAAGGGCCAGCUGAAAGGCCCAUCCUGAGUAACUAUUCAGAGCCUCCGUCAGGGCUGGUGAAUGGUCGCAAGAGUGAGAGUGAACCCUGGCAGCCUUCUUUGAACUCUGAGAGUGUUUAUCCCAUGAACUGUGUCCCAGAUGUUAUUACUGCCAGCAAAGCUGGAGUAAGUACUGCCCUCCCUCCAGCAGAUGUGUCUGCCAGCAUAGGGAGUUCACCUGGGGUAGCCAGUAACCUGACAGAACCUAGUUACUCGAGUAGUACAUGUGGAAGUCAUACAGUACCUAGUCUGCAUUCAGGGCUCCCCUCUCAGGAAUAUGCCACAGGAUACAAUGGAUCUUACUUGCAUACAAGUUACAGUGGCCAGCCCGCACCUGCACUUCCUUCACCUCAUCCAUCCCCUUUGCAUAGCUCUGGGCUGUUGCAGCCACCCCCACCCCCACCACCCCCACCAUCCCUAGUACCAGGCUACAAUGGGACAUCUAACCUUUCCAGCUACAGUUAUCCAUCUGCAAGUUAUCCCCCUCAAAGUGCUGUUGGGCCUGGGUACAGCCCAGGCGGUGCACCUCCUCCUUCAGCUUACCUGCCUUCAGGAAUCCCUGCUCCAACUCCUCUCCCCCCUACCACAGUACCUGGCUACAGCUACCAGAGUCAUGGUUUAACGCCCAUUGCACCCUCUGCCCUGACAAACAGUUCUGCAAGUUCUCUCAAAAGAAAAGCUUUCUAUAUGGCAGGGCAAGGAGAAAUGGACUCCAGUUAUGGAAAUUACAGCUAUGGCCAACAGAGAUCUACACAGAGCCCCAUGUACAGGAUGCCAGACAACAGCAUUUCAAAUGCCAACAGGGGGAAUGGCUUUGACAGAAGUGCUGAACCAUCAUCCUUAGCAUUUAAGCCAACCAAGCAGAUAAUGUCUUCUGAACAGCAAAGGAAAUUCAGCCAGUCCAGUAGGGCUCUAACACCCCCUUCCUACAGUACUGCUAAAAAUUCACUUGGGUCGAGAGCAAGCGAACCAUUUGGGAAGUACAGCUCUCCAGUAAUGAAUGAACACAGUGAUGAACAUAGGCAGCUUCUUCCUCACCCAAUGCAAGGCCCGGGACUUCGUGCAGCUACCUCAUCCAACCACUCUGUGGACGAGCAACUGAAGAAUACUGAUGCACACCUCAUUGACCUUGUAACCAAUGAGAUUAUCAACCAAGGACCUCCUGUGGACUGGAAUGACAUCGCUGGCCUAGAUCUGGUAAAGGCUGUCAUUAAAGAGGAGGUUUUAUGGCCAGUAUUGAGGUCAGAUGCAUUCAAUGGGCUGACUGCUCUACCUCGGAGCAUCCUUUUGUUUGGACCUCGGGGAACAGGCAAAACAUUAAUGGGCAGAUGUAUAGCUAGCCAGCUGGGAGCCACAUUUUUCAAAAUCACUGGCUCUGGUCUUGUCACAAAGUGGUUAGGGGAAGGAGAAAAAAUUGUUCAUGCCUCCUUCCUUGUGGCAAGGUGUCGCCAGCCCUCAGUGAUUUUUGUUAGUGACAUUGAUGUGCUACUUUCAUCCCAAGUGAGUGAAGAGCACAGUCCAGUCUGUCGGAUGAGAACCGAGUUCCUUAUGCAGCUGGACACUGUGCUAACUUCUGCUGAGGACCAAAUAGUAGUUAUUUGUGCCACCAGUAAACCGGAAGAAAUAGAUGAAUCUCUUCGAAGGUACUUCAUGAAACGACUUUUAAUCCCACUUCCUGACAGCACAGCAAGGCACCAGAUAAUAGUACAACUGCUCUCACAGCACAAUUACUGUCUCAAUGACAAGGAGGUUGCACUGCUUGUGCAGCGCACGGAAGGCUUUUCUGGACUAGACGUUGCUCAUUUGUGUCAGGAAGCGGUAGUAGGCCCACUCCACGCCAUGCCAGCCACAGACCUUUCAGCCAUUAUGCCCAGCCAGUUGAGGCCCGUUACAUAUCAAGACUUUGAAAAUGCUUUCUGCAAGAUACAGCCUAGCAUAUCUCAAAAAGAGCUUGACACAUAUGUUGAAUGGAACAAAAUGUUUGGUUGCAGUCAGUGACAAGUUUUUUUUUUUUUAAUGUAAUGAAUGUUGGUGCGUGCACACGCACACACAUAUACAGAAACCUGUUACAUAGGGCAUGGAACCCCUUUUCAGUAGUGUUGAAAUUGUAAAAGGGUACUGGGGGGGGGGAAGAAAAAAGAUCACCUUGCAUCUAAAGAGCCAGGUGUAGGCUUGAAGGAAUAGUGCAUCUAACAAGAGCUGUUGAUCUGAAAAAGCCACAGAUGACAGAAAGUGUCUGUUGGUGCUCCAUUCUGUUCAAGCUAGACGACACACUCUCACCGUGGAACAAGGAGCCAAGUGGGUUGAUUUUUAGAAGGACAUGAACCCUGCGUGUUGAUUCCAUUCUGCUGUUCUUGAGAUUUAGUUGCUGUCAAGUGCCUGAAGUGGUGCUUUUUUGUUUGUUUGUUUGCCUCACAAUUACGUUGGUGGCAUGUGCUAAUAUAAAGAGCUUUAACUUCAAAACAUUAUGGGACUAAAGAAAUAAACCGUUGUGUUGCGACAGAGAACCAGAUUUUUUUUGUUUGCUAGUCUAAGAGCAACAGUAUUCCUCAAUCCUGUCUGUUCUGAAGUAUUAAACUAAGAACAGGUAAAACAGGGUAACGGUAAUCUGGACCUUAAUUUCUGCAGUUCAUUUCUUUUAAUGUUCUGUCUGCAAAAAAGAAAAAAGAAAAAAAACUCAGGAAAGUGAUUGUGAUUUGUACAGUACCUCAAAGGAAUGUGUUGAAAGCACUAUGUACUGCUGAGAGUUAAUAGGCUAGGCUUCAAUGUUACUUUAUAUUAAAUAUGUAUGUUUACCUCAACAGUUGGGAAAAAAUGGCAAGGAGAAAUACUUUGAAUGUAUCCAGGAACAAGCUGAAGUGUGCUAUGAAUGACUCUUUAAACCUUUUAAAGUAGGAAAAGGGGGGGCAUCCCAGAAUUGAAGAAAUGAUUAUUUGUUUGUUUUUAACCAAUAUUGGGGAUCAAAUUGGAGCAAGAGAAUUUUUAUGGCAGUAGUGUGUGAAAGUCCUGAGUCCUUGACAAUUUUGUGACAAGUUGGUAGACACUGCACAGACAACAAGAAAGGCACCCUGUCAAAUUACGUAAUCAUCUGGGGCAGUCAAAGGCAACAUCUACUUAGGACCCUGAGAGGUAAAUUACCUUAGACUACAACUGCUUUUAUAUUUUGGUUAGAGUUGUAGUGUUUUGAUUAUUUAAUUGAGGCAGUAGAACGAAAUCAUUCUAGGUCACUGAGAGAGCUUAUGAGUUGCAGAGCUGUUUACAGCAAUGCAGUAAAUAGUGACCAAACAAAAAAGCAAGUCAAAAUUGAACCCUCAAAUUGCAUUUCUCUCCCUCACCUUGCAGUUUCUCUACAGAAAUGAAAAGUUUUGUGUAUGUUUUUUUAAAACUUGUGCAUUGCCUGUUCUGUGUUUUAAAUGUAAUCAUUUCACGUCCAUUAGAAAUCCUCAAGCUGAAGUGUGACCACCAUUUUAUUUCUACCUCAGUUUUUGUUGCUUUUUUUUUUGUGGGAAGCAGAGUAAGGAAUAGGACAGAUCAAGGAUGCCCACUGGUUUAAUAAUUUUAAAAGACCUGGGUUGGGAGUGGGAUUCUCUCCUGUAAUGAAACUUUUUAAUAGUCUUUGCCACCCUACAGUUUGCCAGGGCAAAUGUUGCCGAGUAAGUCUCAGUCUCUCUGCCCGCCCCCGCCCCCCUUUCAGGCUUACAGACACACGUGGCAUUUUGUUCAAUGUGUGCCCCCACCUCACAUUGUCAUUAUUAGUAGUCGUAGUAUUAAUCUUCUUCUUUUAAAAUGCUUUUAUGAGCAAUUUAUUUCAUGACCGCUGACUGAUGCUGGUAAUGUCUCUGAACACUGUAGCAAUCCAAGCCUCUGCAGCCACACGAGUAGAACAGCUUCCCUUCCCCCACUCCAUGUAAUUUUUUUGUUUACUUUAAAGACAGUAGCAGAACACUUGCAAAGCACUGACAUUUAAUGUUUCUUUUAAAUGAUGUAUCUUCAGAUACGUUAACUAAAGGCACUGAAAAGCUCCGGGGGGUGGGGGGAUGGGGACGGGACUGUUCGUUUACCUGGUUAAUUUGUAUCUUUAAAGCUACUGUCCAGUUUUUAUACUUGACAUUUAGUCAAUUAAAACAUUAGACACCGAGAAAGAUAACAGUGGGUUGUCAGCUCACAUAUUAUUUCAAAUUAUCCCAUUUAUUUUAUUUUUUAAUACCUUGUUUUAGUAUCUAUUGCCAAGAACCAAGUAAACAAACCAAAAUUUAGCAAUCUUUUCCAAAUGUUUUUUUUUUUAAGGCAGACAGUCCAUUUUAAAAAGCAGUGCCUUUCACUGAAGAUAUAGUAAAGUGAGUCUGAAUAGAUGCUUUGCUUUUUCAUCUACUGAAUGCCUGCCUUCCUUUCUUCCUUCUCUCCCUCACACCUCUUCCAUUGAAUCUUCCUUCUGGUUGGGAAACCUGAAUAUCCUUUGCCGUAGAUUCUUAUCUUGAUCUUGCCAGUGGAGAUUGGUCAGCAAAAUCUUGUAGAUUUUUGUAGAUUCUUUUUUGUGUUUGCUAUCAAAAAAAAUUGUGUGUGCUAAUUUGCAAGAUUCAAGCAAAAUUGAGGCUUAAAUCACAAAAUCCAUAAGUCCUCUAUAAAGCAACUAAUGCUAAGUAAACACAAUGCCAAAUAUAUGACUGUAUACAAUGUAGUGUUUUCAAAUCCUACAUCUUUUAAUUUAUAACAAAUUGAAUGAAAUUUGCAGAUGCUCAGUUUGGCUCCUUUACAUUAUAUAUUUUGGUGAAGGAGCUGAUUAUUAUUCCAAUAAACCUUAAAUAUGAAAGGCAAAAAUAAUGAAGCUGCAAGACGUGAUAUCCAAGUAGUCUUUAGAUUUUAUGUUGGUGAUCCAUUGCUGAACUCACCAAGGGAUAAGCUUUUCAUCCCAAGUGGUAGCUGGCUGUAGCUACUGGGGUAUAAUGCUUCACCUAGCAUGAGAAGAAGAAUUUUAUUCACCCCACCGUCCUUCUGUAGACAGGAAGCAAGCUAUAAUAGUCUAUCAUCUCUCUGCCAGUGGAAGUUCCCUGUUACAUGGAAUCACUCAGCCUUUGUCCAGUGUGUUCAGAUCGCAUUUAUUCAUUGUAACUUACCAUCCCUAUGCUUGGUGGAAGGCAACUGCUUCCGGUACUUUAUAUGUGAAUAAGACCAUUCUUUUCUUAUGCUGCUACAUUCUCCUCCAUGUGGAAUGCUACCCUAUGUGUUUCAACACAAAGAAACCGAUCCUGGGACUUAAGCUUCCCGAGUGUUUGGGUGUGCCAUGAAUGAGAAGAUUGCCUUUUGUGAGGGAGUUGAUAUGGUCAACAUGUAAUAGCAUUCUGAGGAUUUAAAAUGGCUGCUCUAGGAAAGUGUCUGCUAUCUAUUUCAAUUGAUAAGAACUGUAUGUUCUGCAGCCACAGUGUGGAAAUGAUAUGAAACUAUCAGCUAGGAUUGUCAGAUUCCACAUGGGGUAGAGCUCCUGUGCCUUCAGUAGAAAUGAGAAUAUCAAUAGAUGCAGUUUCUCCAGUCCUCCUGUUGGGAGAAACCGCUCCUGCCAAACUUUUGGUUGUGUGCAAUGAGUAACAAAAGGCAUAAAAGCCCUGUUCUGUUGUAAUAGUGCGUUGGAAUGUUCUUUGGAUAGCUUGGGGGAGACAGCUAUUAUAUUCUGGCUAUAGUGGCCUAUCAAAGUGGGGUUUAUUCUUGUAUGGGUCAUAACAAUGAGAACCACUAUUUUGCAUUAGGCUGCUUUUUUGCAACUGCAAUAACCAUUCCAGCAACAGUAAAAGUAGGGGCCUAUUUUCUGCCAGCCAAAUUAUCAAUGCCAAUUCAAAAUGAAGCAUAAUGCUCUUUACAUGAGUUUAUAUGGAAAUACUCUACAUUUCUGGCAUGUUUUUGUCCCAAAAUAUUUAGACCAUUAGGGAUAAAAGUGAAAAGUUUGCUGACUGAGCUGAUCAAUGGAAUGUGAAGGCAGUUUAAGGCUAUUUACUUUUGCACAAAAUAUUUCUCUAUUAGUCAAUUUGUAUUCUAUUCAAAUGCAGAUAGAUGGGUAAAAUGGUUUUUCUUGUGCAUUUCAAACCCAUCAAGGAGAAAAUAAAACCUCCCAGUAAAACACAUAGGCAAAGCACCAUCUGGGAAAGCUAGCUCAUCUGUCCAGGGGCUAUGCUCUGUAAAAUAGUACAAGGUCAUUUUAUAUGGGCUGGCGUAAUACUUUGCUAGGCAAUUUUCAAAAGGAGAUAAUCUAGUGUAAAAACCCCAAUUAAUUCCAACAGAUGUUGGUAGAUGGUAAUGUGUUUACAUGUCAAAAGCUACAAACAAAGGUUUCUACUGCCUGAAAAUGUGUAACUUUGAGUAGAUAUACAGAUAUAAGUAUUUCUUUCUAUGUACAGUAUUUCUUGUUUCAGGGCAGACCUCAUUCUAUGAAUUGAGAGACUUUCAUUUUAAAAAGUGAGAUCUCAAAACAUUAAGGUUGAAUAUUAAAUGUUGCUUAUAUCAGUUUUCUUCUAGUGCGAGCUCAUCAAUUUCAGUGAAACUAUUCCUGAUUAAUAUUAAUUUGCAAAAUGAUGACAGUAAUCUCUUAGUAUAUAGUUAUCUUCAAUAGGCAGGAGACAGCCCACCAGGAACAUCCCCUGCACAAGUCCCAUUGAAAUCAAUGCAAGUUGUCCAAGGUUGUUCUCAUGCAACUCCCAUCCACUUCAGUGGGAUUUAUGCAGACAAAACUCCUGGCAGAGUGUAAACCAGACAUGAAGAUCAACAUGCAUUUCCCUUACAACCCCAACUCCUUUUCAUCUUGUAUGUGUGCAUGUGUGUUACAAUAUUUAUCUGUACAUACAUACAUAAUAUGAAGGGUGUCCUUUGGUUUUGUUUUGUUUUUGCUUUCUCUUUACUUUUGAAAAGCUUCCUGUUCCUUAACCAUUUGCAGAUUUAUAUAUGAAGUACAUUAGUAAACACAGAGCUAGUAAUAAUCCUAGAUUCAAAGAUACAGCUGUACUGGGGACUAGUCAAUACAUGAACUGAAUCUCCCACUCUGCAAAGACCUUUGGUUGACAUUCGAUUUUGAACCUGCCAGAUACAUUUUUGUGAACCAGGGAUACUGCAUCUUUAAUGAACAAGUCUCUACUCUUUCCCCUGUUUUUAAAUACAACACAAGAAGUGUAGCACUAGGCACUGCAAUUGUCAAAGACAAUUAGACUGAAAGCAGGAAAAUUUCACCUCCCUGUCUCAGUGAUAUGUAGAAUGUCGGCCGUGUGGGUCAGCCUUGCUACAGAGUUGUGUGAGAAUAUAUGAAUCAGUCCUAUAGAAUGUUAAAUAUUUAUAGAAUGGUUCUGUUCUACACUAAGGUUGGGAACGCAGUCAUUCCUCCUUGUCCUACGAUAUACAAAGAAGCAAAACUUUAUAUUCACACCUAAACUUUGCGUGCGUAUGUUUUGUGGGGUUUUUUUCCCCUGUUCUUGUGGUUUAUAUGCAGUCACUAUAGGUUUUUUUUUGUUUCAUAUAUAUAUAUAUAUAUAUAUAUAUAUAUAUAUAUAUAUAUAUAUAUAUAUUUUCCCCCACCCUCGCAUUGGGUGUAUAUUCAGACAUUGUUCUUUAAAACCAUUUCUACCUCAUUGCUACAUAUUGUACAUGUAGUAUUUAUUUGUUGUCUUUUUUUGAAUGUCAUGCAUUAAGAAAGACUUGUCCUUGAACUUGAACAGUCUACCUCAGAAAGACUGUCUCUACACUGAACAGUAUUAACAGCCGAAACGAUAAGACGCAUUAGCAAAGUGUGGCAGGGUAGAUAAUGCAUGAGGACUUGGGAUACUGAUGGACUUUUAAUUGUACUCUUGUAACACAAGAUUGCUUAAAGGAACUUAAAGGAAAUUAUGCACUGUGCAGAUUUUUAUCAAGGUCCCACUUUUUGGCAUGCUAUAGGAAAAUGCAGCUUUAUUCUGAUGAACCCGGAUUUUGGGGGAGGAGGGGGUCAAUUUUCUCAAGCAUUCUUUGCAUUGGCAAUCUGGCUACAUUCUAUUACUGUGUCCUGUUAAGUGACGUACAGUACAACUUGGCUCUUAAACUGAAAACAAAUGAUAGUAUUUAAGGAUUAUUUUUUAUCUUCAGUGAUGUAUAAAUGUGUCACACACUGUAAGAGUAUACGUUUCUGACUCUCUGCAUACUAAAAGAAAAACUGCAUUUGUAAGAGUCUGUGCAAGGUUUUAAAAUAAACCAAAAAAAAAAAAAGGCACUUCCCAAAGGACUUUUAAAAAUGAGUCUCAAUCCUCCUGCAUACCUUUACACGCAUCUAAAGCCCACUGAAAUUGACUUAAACAUGUGCACAGAAUUGCAGUUAUGGAGUCAAGGUGCUCAUGUGUUCUGUAAUCAAAUAGUUUUAUUGCUGAUUCUGCUUUAUAAACAUGUUUGCUUUUUGGAAGUAAUUGUACAUGGAUGGCACAUUUGAAGUACUUUGUAUGAAGUAUUUUAUAUUUUAU